UAACCCCUGAAGGGUCACAUGACCCAAGACACCAGGCAGCUUCAUGCCGCUCGCCGUCCAAUAACCGACAGGGGGCGUGGCCACACCAGGAAGUGCACUGAGAGCAGCCGGCAGGUGAGGCUGCAGGAGGAGAGGAGAGACUGCUUCCAGGAAAAAGGUCUCCACAGACCCCCAGGGGGCAAACACAGGGAUUUUGUUAUUUUAAGAGUUAAUUUAAUUUCAGUAAGGGGGCUGCCGCUGGCUUUAACUGACAGCCACCUGUCAGCCUGUAACAGUUAUAACCGGAGGAACCCCAGAUUGCUGUCUAGAGGAUGAGCACCGAGAGUCUCUUUGUUCGAUACAAGAACUGGUUACAUACGGCCGCUGAGACCGGGCUGCCCGCUCCGUGUACAGAUACAAGGUUGAGAAACACAGCGAGGAAUCACCUGCUAGAAGAUCCAGGGUUGCACGACGCUCUUCGAAAUGAUGCCUUCUCCCUGUUAGCCGGCGGAUUGGAGGAUAGAGGGGAUCUUCACGCAGCGCUGCAGCGUCUAUCCAGUGCCUUCCAGGCCUUUGAACUCGCAGCCCUCCAUCUGUACUUUGCCCCAUGGAGAAAGGAGUUCCAGACAAUAAAGACGUACUCUGGAUUUUAUGUACACGUACUGGCGGCUGCCCUUCCGCGGGAUGGUAUAUUCCAGGCCCUACGCCGUUUAGGGUACGAGCCUCAGGAGGAUGGCAGAAUCCUGUCGAUAACAGCGAUGCCCAGUCCACAGAAGCUGUCCGCUGCCGCGUUUGGCUUUUUUGUGGCCCAGCUGGAGUGUGACAUCUUGUUAAGUAUACUUUCCGGUAUUGGUUCUGGAAUACUAAGUGGAGCUGACCUGCUUUGGGAGAGGAUAAACCGCAGAGGAGAGACUGUCUGCACGGAGAGGUUGAAGACACUGGCCCUAAAUACGUCCUUAGUCACCAACAGUCCAUCUGAUGUAAAAGCUUAUAGAAAAAUAGAUGAAACGUCACACACAGAGCCUCCUCUGUAUCAGCCGCGGUUAGGUGACAAUUGCCAUGAACCAAGGGAUCAGCAUAAGAUGGGCCAUUGCAGAGCAGUUGUAAGCAUUCCCCUUCCUUCGUCCCAUCAUUCAAAUCACCAUGAGGUGGACUACGUUCUGCAUGACUGUGUUUUCAGCGACAAAUCCCUUGAGCGUCGCUGUUCAGAUUGCCACGCUCUGCACAGUUCAUGGUGCUCCGUGGUUGCCGCCUGCAAGGACUCACGGCACCAUGUUUCCUCUCUGUGCCCAGCAGAGAAACAGGAGGCACUGAAGGAGGAGAUGAAGAACAGGUAUACGGUGCACGCUUGUGUACAGCCAGGUCAACUACCUCAUUACCGUUGCCCAACCUGUAAGCAACUCCACUACAUUAACUGUGAGCUGGUGGCCCAAUGCCGGGCACAGGGUCAUAAGGCCACUAUGAUCAUGUUAGAGAAGGACCAGAUGAUCUGGCUUCAGCGGAGCACCAUGGACUUGACCCUGCUCGGCUUGGAUAUCAAUACUCAGAACAUGCGCUGGAGUCUGAAGUAGUGCUCGCCUGUUUGCGUACAAGAACCUUAUUUAAAUGAUCAUUAAGAAAAAGGCAAAGUAUUUUUAAUGACUCCCAAGACUUCACGCAGAAUAAAGUGUUCUGCUGUUUAA